CCAGCUGGCGGGGCGCUGCUUGCGGCGCGGCGCCCCCAGGGCGGUGGCGCCCUGCGCCAGGAAGACCUCGGGCGUGGGCUUCGAGGCCUGGGCCGCUGGAGGGCAGGGGGCGGGCGCCGCGGGCGGCGCCAGGUCGCACGGGGCCCGGACGGCGGCGAAGGCCACGCCCCAGCCCGGGGUUCCGCGGGCCAUCCAGGAGCUCGCCCUGCACACGGCGGGGCCGAUCGAGCAGGCCAAGUGCCUCCACCCGGCGUUCUACACCGACGAGUCCUACGCCCACGCGGAGCGCGAGCGGAUCUUCGGCACGCAGUGGUUCGCUGCGGCCCACGUCGCGGAGCUGGCGAGUCCGGGCGACGUGAAGCUCGUGGAGUUCGGCGACACCUCCAUCAUUCUCACAUGCGACAAGCAGCGCAAGAUCCACGCAUUCUACAACACGUGUCGGCACCGAGGCGCCCGCGUCUGCAGCUCGAGCCAGAAGAAUUGCAAGCAGCUCGUGUGCCCCUACCACUGGUGGGCGUAUCGCCUGGACGGCUCCCUCAAGGCCACGCCGCCCGCGCACACCCCGAAGGAGCGCAAGGAGAACCUGGGGCUCCUGCCCCUGCCUGGCGUCGAGGUAUUCGCUGGCAUGGUCUUCCUGAACCAGUCACCGAGCCCGCCGUCGCUCUUGGACACGCUCGGCGACCUCCCAGGCAAGCUGAGUCGCUACGACCUCGACGACACGGAGCUCUACAAAGCCAUCGACUACGGAAUCGGCGGAAACUGGAAGCUGAUCGCCGAGAACUUCGUGGACUUCUACCACAUCGACGCCGUGCACCCCGCGCUGUCGAAGUUCUCCAGGGUGGAGGACCACAUCAGCUACCAGGGGAGGGGCCAGUACGUGGGCUUCUGCACGACGCCCCUCACGGACUCCGAAGACUGCGGCGGCCCCGGCGACUCGCACAUGUUCAACAUGUUCCCCCGCCUGGCGAAGAUGGAGACGUCCGCGGCCCUGUUCUUCCAGAUCUUCCCGAACGUCAGCGUGACGAUCUACCCGCACUCCGUGUACACCCUGAUGUGCUUCCCCGGCGCGAAGGUGGGGGAGACCAAGGAGCGGCUGACCCUCCUCAUGGCCCCGGGCGCCAGGAGAAGCAGGACGACGCCCCGGACCAGUACGCGCAGAAGUGCGAGGACCUCUUCAACUUCGUCGCCCGCAUCAACGAGGAGGACAUCGACGCCAUCCAGAACCUGCAGCGGGGCCUCAGCAACGCGCGCGGCGCGGGCGUGCCAGGCGAGUUCCUCCCGAAGUACGACUGGCCGGUCCACCGCUUCCAGAACAUGGUGCUUCGCGGGCUGGAGGGGAGCCCGCUGGACGAGAGCUACAUGCCGCGGUACGACACCUCGUUCGAGAGCAGGCCGCGGAAUUUGCACGCGCAGGGCCCUUUCCACGAGCAGGGGCGACGCCUCUGUCCAGGCCGCCCGCUCCCGGCAGCCCUUCGACCGCUCUGCGCGAUGCGCCUGCACGAGGAGCCCCUGCGCGCCGCGCGCCGCCCAGCCUGCUGCCCGGAGCUGGCCGCGGCCGUCGAGGCGAGCGACUCGGAGGAGUCCACGGCGUGCGGCAGCAGCCGCGCCGGCACUCCCCCAGAGGUUCGUUUCUGUGACGCCGCGCUGGCCGAGGUCGUGGAGGUGGAGUCCUGGAAGGAGCACAACCGCUUCACCGCGGAGAACAGGGCCCGCGCGGACAGCGCCUGGCGGUCCGAGCUCCUCGAGCGGCUGCAGGGCGCGCGGGGCGAGGCAGAGCGGCGGGGCGCGGUGGGGCAGCUGGAAGGCGUGGUCCUGGAGCUCGCCUCCGCGGGCGAGGAGACGGGCAGCCUCGCGGUGCAGAGGGCGCUGGAGCUGGCGCCGCCGCUGCAGCGGGUCAGGUUGGUGGGCGAGCUGCACGGCUGGGUGCCGGCGCUCUUCCGCUCGGCGCACGGCGGUGCCGUGCUGCGUGCCUGCCUGCGGCUGCUGCCCAGGGCCUGCGGCUUCCUCGCGCGCGAGGUCACCGGCCACACCGUCGAGUGCCUGCGGCUGCAGGGCGGCGCGGAGGUGGUCGGCGAGCUGCUGCGCCAGCUGCCCACGGCACGGACGGCUCGCAUCCAAAGCGAGCUGCUCGUGUUGCUGCCGUGGCUCUGCUACCAGCCGCAGGGGGGGCACGUCAUCGGCAGCCUGCUCCAGUGCGGGACGCGGGAGCAUCAGCAGCAGACCGCCGAGGCCAUGUCGAGUCAGAUGCAGCUCAUGGACGAGUUUCAGAGGGGAGUUGUUGCUGAUCAUAUCCGUGCGGCCCAUGCUUCGCGGGACGUCUGA